AGCGCAGGGGCUGAAUAUUAUCAUUACCAUCAUCAUAAUCACCAUUAUUAUAAUUUUCACCAUUUUAAUUCCUUUUCUCCUUCCUCUUUUCCUCCUUUUCUUCGCUGUUUUCUGCAUUAACUGGUUUUGUCUAGAAAAGUGGUCUCGCUGGCUGGAAGGUCUAAUGGAGGGGGGAGAUAUUUUUUUCAUGGCGUUUUUGGCAGGAAUGCGGCAGCUUUAGCGAGGGACCCAAAUUUCUGUGGCUGUGUCCCAGAGGUCUGUCUGUCCCUCUCCAACAUAUAUUUAGCCAUAUACUAUUUAUACAUCCAUAAUCUCCCGGCCACGUCGGGGGGCCUGGGGGGGGAGCUUAGAGCCGGCGUGGCCACAGUGAUGGAUUUGAACCCAGGCAUGAUGAAUUUGAUGAUUUUGAUUUCUUUUUCUCCCUUCAAGGUUGGAGGAUGCUCCUUGUUGGGUUAUUUUUCCCCCCCAAGCCUGCGGUCCUUCGGAUAGCAGACGGGUUUUUUAACCUGGGGAGGAUGGAGCAGGUGAAAGCGGCUUCGAGCCCGAGGCCUUUGAGAUUUUAAAGUGAUAUUUUAGCAGAGAGGUAAAAAAGUUUUUUUAAGUCCCUCACGGCAUGCGAUUUGCCGAGAGGCGGAGGGUCCAGGGCGAGGGGAUGGAUUUCACCCCCAGUUUUCCAGCCAGCUCCCCAUCCCUCAGCUUUCCCAACAGCUUGGGGGUGAGCGGGGCUAUAAAAAAAACACCCACUCUUUUUUUUUUAUUUUUUUUGUUUUGUUUUCUGUUUUUUUUCUCUCUAUUUUCAGGCAAAACCCCACGUUCCCACGGGUCGGAAAAACGCCCCACGUGCAGCACCCGGUCUCAGCUAGAGCUGGAGAUGGACGCGGAUAAGGGGAAGCAACGCCAGUACUCGCAGAGGAUGGCGGAGCCUCGCUUCAACAACCCCUACUUCUGGCCGCCCCCUCCCACCAUGCCCAGCCAGCUGGACAACCUGGUCCUGAUCAACAAAAUCAAGGAGCAGUUGAUGGCGGAGAAGAUCCGCCCCCCACACCUGCCUCCCACCUCGGUGGCCUCGCAGCAGCCCCUUCUGGUGCCCCCCUCGCCUGCUGAGAGCAGCCAGUCCAUCAUGUCCCUGCCAAAGCUGCAGCAGGUGCCAGGCCUGCACCCCCAGGCCGUGCCCCAGCCUGACGUGGCCCUGCACGCCCGGCCGGCCACCAGCACUGUCACAGGGUUGGGGCUGGCGUCCCGUGCACCGGCCGUCAGCACCUCGGAAUCCAGCCCGGGAACAGGGACCACCACCCCCUCGACCCCCACCUCCACCAGUCAGAGCCGCCUCAUCGCCUCCUCGCCCACCCUAAUCUCAGGAAUCACCAGCCCCCCCCUCCUCGACUCCAUCAAGACAAUCCAGGGCCACGGCUUGCUGGGAGCGCCCAAGGCCGAGCGGGGCCGCAAGAAGAUCAAGGCGGAAAACCCUUCGGGACCGCCGGUGCUGGUGGUGCCCUACCCCAUCCUGGCCUCGGGGGAGACGGCCAAAGAGGGGAAGACAUACAGGUGUAAGGUCUGCCCCUUGACGUUCUUCACCAAGUCGGAGAUGCAGAUCCACUCCAAGUCGCACACAGAGGCCAAGCCCCACAAGUGCCCCCACUGCUCCAAGUCCUUCGCCAAUGCCUCCUACCUGGCCCAGCACCUGCGCAUCCACCUGGGCGUCAAACCCUACCACUGCUCCUACUGUGAGAAGUCCUUCCGCCAGCUCUCCCACCUCCAGCAGCACACCCGAAUCCACACCGGCGACAGACCCUACAAGUGCCCUCACCCCGGCUGCGAGAAGGCCUUCACCCAGCUCUCCAACCUCCAGUCCCACCAGCGCCAGCACAACAAGGACAAGCCCUACAAGUGCCCCAACUGCUACCGGGCGUACACGGACUCGGCCUCGCUGCAGAUCCACCUGUCUGCGCACGCCAUCAAGCACGCCAAGGCCUACUGCUGCAGCAUGUGCGGCCGUGCCUACACCUCGGAGACCUAUCUGAUGAAGCACAUGUCCAAACACACGGUGGUGGAGCACCUGGUCAGCCAGCACUCGCCGCAGCGGACGGAGUCACCCGGCAUUCCCGUGCGGAUCUCCCUCAUCUAAGCAGGGAGGGGACAGGACCCCCCCAGCACCAGGAGGAGGAAGAGGAGAAGGAGGGAGAGGAGGAAGAGGAGGAGGAAGAGGAGGAGGACGAGACCCCCAGCGCCGCGGGCCGCGCCCGGGCCGUGCUCCUGCCCGGCUCCCGCAGGUUUGGUGACAUCCAAAGACGGUUUCAGAGCACUUUGAAUCUCUGCGGUUUGGUUUCUUUGGGGGGGGCAGUGGGCUUGGGGGUGUCCCCCCUGCCAGGCCCCGCCCCCCAUUUUUGGAUACAAAUAUAUAUAUAUAUAUUUAUUGGCCAAGAACUUGGUGCUGCUAAAGACCAGAAAUUCACCCCAAAAACGAACCGUGGAUGGAGCAAAAAGCAGCUGGGGGGGGGGAAGUCCCACCACCCCCCACCCCCCCCACAGACUCUGGGCCCAAGCGCCUCCAUUUGGGGUUGAUUUUUAACCAUUUUGGGGGUUUUUUGUGUUCUUUUGGGGUCCCUUUCGAGGGCGAAGCCGCGGGCAGAGCUGCGUCCCCCCGGUGACGGCCCCCCCAUUCCGCAGCCCCAGUUUUGGGGGGCUCGGGGGUCCCCCUGCUUUGCCUUGUGCCUGCCUGUACAUACCCCCUGUAUAGAGCCGGGGGGCACUCCCCCCAAACUCAUCUAUAUUCUGUACUUUUUGGUUCAUUUUGGAUAUUAACUGUGUUAUUUUUUAUACACUUUUUAAGCCUUAACUCAGCGUUUCUUUGGGGUUUUUUGUUGUUUUUUGUUCAGGGUGUUUUAUUUACCUUUUAUUAAUUUUUAACCCCUCUGUUAUUUUUUACCCUCCCUAUUAUUUUUACCCCCGUCCCCUUAUUUUUUACCCCCCAUUAUUUCUCCCCUCAAUGUUGUACGAUAUCAAUAUUGUAACCUUUUUUGUCAGCAUGUUAAUACUGUGUAAAUAUGCCUCUUAUACACUUAGCCCCCCCUUUUUUCUCCCCUUCCCCCAAAUUUUGGGGCUUUUUUAUUUUCCUCGCUGCCCAGCCAGGCCAGGCCUCCCUAGAGCUAGUUGGUACCUUAUUAAAAAAGGGAAAAAAAAAAAAAAAAAGAAAAAAGAGGAGAAAAUGGACAAAACGUUGCCCCUCUCCCUGUUGUCGCCACCCCCUCCUGCAUUGUGGUUCCUGGAGAAGCUGGGCAGGCCACGGCCUCACAGUGUGGAAAAGGAAUGAACCCCCCAGCCCAGCCCCUUUCCAAAAAAAGAGAAUAAAAGAGAACAAAAAAAAAGACCA